GGUUUGAGGGCGCUGGAAGACGAGGUACCUCCUUUCCUCCUAUUGGCUGACUUGUUUGGGAGGCGGUGCUAACUAGCAGACGCAGCCUAGAGAUGGCGACGCACGUGUGACGCACUUCCGGCGCUCUGAGCGACGAAGAUGGCUGCUCCCCAGCAGCAGGCUCCGGGGGCGUCUUCGGCCGCUGGUGUAUCGGGCCCAGGGUCGGCUGGCGGCCCCGGCCCCCAGCAGCAGCCGCCGCCGCCGGCACAGCUGGUGGGCUCGUCGCAGAGCGGCCUACUGCAGCAGCAGCAGCAGGACUUCGACCCUGUGCAGCGCUACAAGAUGCUCAUCCCGCAGCUCAAGGAGAGUCUGCAGACCCUGAUGAAGGUUGCAGCCCAGAACUUGAUUCAAAACACUAACAUUGACAAUGGACAAAAGAGCAGUGACGGACCCAUCCAGCGCUUUGACAAGUGCCUGGAGGAGUUCUACGCGCUCUGUGACCAGCUGGAACUCUGCCUGCGCCUGGCACACGAAUGCUUGUCCCAGAGCUGUGACAGCGCCAAGCACUCCCCGACGCUGGUGCCCACGGCCACCAAGCCUGAUGCGGUGCAGCCCGACAGCCUGCCCUACCCACAGUACCUGGCGGUCAUCAAAGCCCAGAUUGCCUGUGCCAAGGACAUUCACACCGCCCUGCUGGACUGCGCCAACAAGGUCACGGGCAAGACGCCUGCACCGCCCACGGGCCCCGGGGGCACCCUGUGAGGGGCAGGGCAGGGGAUGGGGCAGGUGGAGGGGCCGGGGUGGAGGAAAUGAAGAGUGGCCUGAGCGAA